AUGAGCCGGCUCUGCCUCUCCAUCGCCCUUCUCGUCCUCCUGGGCACCCUGGUGGCCGGCAUCCCGGGCACCCUGGUGGCCGGCAUCCAGGGGGGUGAAACCAGCAACCACACCGAUGAUGAAACCAGCAACCAGGUCAAAGGUUCUCAGCCUGCCUUCUGCCUGGAACCUCAUCACACGGGUCCCUGCAGGGCCCGGAAGGUCAGGUACUUCUACAACGCCAAGUCCGGGCACUGCGACAUGUUUAUAUACGGCGGCUGCCGAGGGAAGAAGAACAACUUCCCAACAGCACAGGACUGCAUGAAGACCUGCGGUGGUCCUGUGGUGACCCACGGGUAA